AUGGCGAACAGCCCGCGCAAGUCAAUUGACAGUCUGGCGUCUGGCGCAUCCACGCCAUCUAUCUCACACUAUUCAACGACCCAGCUGGAGUCGCCUCGAGUUCCCCCUCAGCGGUUCCCCCUGAGGAGGGGAUCUACGGCGAGCUCUAUCGUGAGCAUUGGAGGGAUCUUAGAUGUCUCACAGCACCAAGGAUCUAUUGCGGAGUCCGGACAAAACGCCAUUUCGACCCUCUUGCAGCCCCCGAUCACUCGAACCGGCUUAACCCCCCAUACCGCUGUUUCGACUACUGGAUACAAACCUCCGUCAUCCCGCGACAUUCCACCGGUGACCUUGACAAACAUCACUCAUGUAGACUCGAAGGUGUUUCAGCCUUACUUGUCGCAAGUCGGCUCACUGUAUGAUGUCUUCCAGCAGUCGAAAGAAAGCACCGGAGAAGACGGCGCAACAACCCCGAACAUGAAGUCACCCAAGCCUGAAUACACGGAAUCUUUAAUGCCAUGGAGCCCGGAGCGGAGGUCUUCCACCAUAUCGACCAGCUCACGACCAACUUCGCCUUAUGAUCCACGAGGCCGACGGCCUUCCUUGCGUGGUCGAGGCCCUGCGGUAACACCGCUGUCGACAAUCCCAUCUGUUUAUCUCGAAGAAGACUUUCACCUGGAGAAUCCUCGAACCUUUGACGUGAUAUCGGAAAAAUCGGAAGUGGUGAGACCACCCCGGCCACCUGUCAAAGACGACCAGCAAUCCAAUGGAGGUGCACCGGAGCCUGUUCAGACCGGCAGAAAGGCACUUGCCACCAAUGCUAUUCUGCAAGAAAAGCUUUCUUGGUAUAUGGAUACCGUCGAAAUCCAUCUGAUUUCCUCCAUUUCGACAGCCUCUAAAUCAUUCUUCACGGCACUGGGUUCUUUACGCGAAUUACAUGCGGAGGCGGCCGACUCAGUUGAAAGAAUUCAGGUCCUGCGCCGAGACCUCCAGAAAAUCGACAAGGAGAUGGCAUUGGGUGGCUUGAAGAUCGUCAAUCUACGCCGACGAAGAGAGAAUGUACGCAUGCUAGCUGCUGCCGUGGCCCAGCUCCGUGACGUGGUAGAGUCUGUUUCUCGAUGUGAAGAUUUAGUUGAACAGGGUGACAUUGAGGUUGCCUCUGACGAACUGGAAGAGGUAGAGAAGUUGAUGGCUGGCGAGAAGGUGUCUGAUCGUCCUGCCGAUGAGGAUGACAAAGACCUCCCCCGACGAGCAAUUGAUCUUCGAAGACUCAAGGCUCUUGAUGGUGCCUCCGAAGACCUUGCUCAAUUAAGACAGCGUAUCGGAAUGGGAUAUGAAACCCGUUUUAUGAAUGAUCUUCUGGGUGACUUGCGUGGCCACGUCCAAAACGUGUCCUCGGAUGUCACUUUGCAGCGCUGGGGCUCCUCUUUCCUACGUCAACGAGGUGGAAACCGUCCUGUAUCGAUGGUAUCUCCCGCAUAUAUGAACAUUGAUAAUGAUUUACGAUCCAGAUUGCAUGUUCAGCUAACUGGACUUGCACGAGCUCGCUUCACCACGCCUGCGGCAACUUCCUUUAAGGGGGCUGUGUUGCGAGAGAUGAAAGGGCUUAUCCGAAAACAUCUACCCAGCUCAAGUGAUGAUGACAAUGAAUCCAUGGUAUCGGUUUCAACCGUUGGGGACCGUCAGCGAAGCCAGCAAGAAAAGUCUUCUGUCCUUGCACGUAACCUGCGCGCUCUUGACCCUGAAGAUGCCUAUCAAAUGCUCUUAGCGGUCUAUACUGGUAUUAGUGAAUGCCUACGUCGAUUAAGCACACAAGUCAAGAUUCUUCUGGAUAUUGCUAGUGGCCUCGAAAAUCCUCCGACCGUCGGUGCGAAGUCGCCUCGAAGCCCUAACCCACAACACAUGACUGUCAAGUCUCCGGAUGGGCGUCCUUCACCUUCUGCUCAGAUGGCUCAAGAUGAGAUCUUACAAGUCUUGGACAUGUCAAGUCUUCUUGGUCAAGCGGUGGAUAUUGCCCAAUCACAGGUCACCAAGGUUCUGAAGGUUCGAUCUGAACAGACAGCCCAGCUUUCCAAGGAAGAAUUUCUUAAAUACUUUACUCUCAACCGGCUUUUUGCGGACGAAUGCGAGGCCAUUUCGGGCCGAGGCGGCACUGCACUUCGGACAAUCGUAGGUAAUCAGAUUCGCGAAUUCAUCUCCCGGUUCGGCGAGGCACAACGCCAUCGCAUCGUUAAAGUCAUGGAUGCAGACCGAUGGGAUGCGCGUGAUUUCGGAGAAAAUCAGGUCACCAUUUUGACCCGCAUCCUGGACGCAAGCACUAAAGACAUCGAGGCAUGGACAGAGGUCUCCAAGAUUUGGAUACCUUACAACGAGAAAGAGCAGACCGAUUCUUCGGAAAACAGCUCUGCCGUCAAUGGAUCAGGCAAAGAAAAGGUGCGCAGUGCGGUUAUCGACGAACAGAAAUACAUCCUGCCAGACUCGGCCGUUGCCAUCAUGUGCAGUAUUGAGGAAUUCGAAUUCCUCAUGGCAAAUAUUCCGAAUAUGAUCCAAGACAUUGCUCCUCAGUUAUUGGAGAUUCUGAAGCUCUUUAACUCCAGGUCUUCUCAAUUGAUCCUUGGCGCCGGUGCGACGCGUAGCGCGGGAUUGAAAAACAUUACAACCAAACAUCUUGCACUUUCAUCCCAAGCGCUGAGCUUUGUUGUGGCUCUUGUGCCUUAUGUCAGGGAAUUUGUGCGUCGUCAUGGGCAAGGAAACCAAGUCAUGGCCGAGUUUGACAAGGUUAAAAGGUUAUGCCAGGAGCACCAGAACGGAAUCCAUGAAAAGCUUGUGGACAUCAUGAGCUCGCGCUCAACGGUCCAUGUUAAUGCCAUGAAGAAGAUUGAUUGGGAUGCUGAAAAUGAUUCUUCUGCGGUUCAUGCCUACAUGGAGACCUUGGCCAAGGAGACGGGUACUCUACACCGUGUGCUGAGUAAACAUUUACCCGAAAUGACUGUCGAUAUGAUCAUGGGGCCUGUGUUUAACAGCUACCGAGACCAGUGGGUCAAAGCUUUUGACGAGGCGAGUGUCCAGUCUGAAACUGGUAAAAAGAGGAUGCAAAUCGACAUCGAACAUUUCCGAACCAAGCUGGCCAAGAUCGACGGCGCUGGCGUCCUAGGAGAUAAACUUCUCCAGCUUGUGCAAGCGAAGAGUGUUGCCGCCCCAAUGUUCGAUUCGGAGCAGUCCGAGCCUGUCAACGACGAGCAAGAAGAAAACGGAUCUGGCUCUGCCCAGUCUUGA